AUGGGUGCAGGGAACUCUGUGGAAAGUCUCCAGGAUGAAGCUACUUGUCCCAUCUGUCUGGAGUAUUUCUGAGAACCUGUCACUCUGGAGUGUGGGCACAAUUUCUGCCAAGCCUGCAUCAGCCAGUGCUGGAAGGGAUCCAACACAGAUGUCUCCUGCCCUCAGUGCAGACAAGCUGUGCAACAGAGAAAUCUCAGACCAAACAGGCAGCUAGCGAAUGUCAUAGAAAUAGCUAAACGGCUGAGUUUACAGGCGUCAAAGGCAGCAGGAGGGGAGAGGGUGUGUGGGGAACACCAGGAGCCUCUCAAACUAUUCUGUGAAGAGGAUCAAACCCCCAUCUGUGUGGUUUGCCAUCUGUCCCAGAUUCACCGAGCUCACACUGUGGUUCCCAUAGAGGAGGCUGCCCAGGAGUACAAGGAAAAAAUCCAGAUCCAUUUGAAGAUUCUGAGGGAAGAGAGAGAGACGCUCCUGGGAUUUAAAUUGAGUAGAGAGAAGAGAAGCCAUGAGUAUGUGAAUAAGAUACAGACUGAGAGGCAGAAGAUUGUAUCUGAAUUUCAGCUACUGCAGCAGUUCCUGGAGGAACAAGAGCGACUCCUGAUGGCCCAGCUGGAAAAGCUGGACAAGGAGAUUAUGAAGAUAGAGAAUGAAAAUGUCACUAAACUCUCUGAGGAGAUUUCCCGUCUCAGUGAGCUGAUCAGUGAGAUAGAGGGGAAGUAUCAGAAGCCAGCAAGCGAAUUCCUGCAGGACAUCAGAUGCACUUUGUGCAGGAGUGAGAAUGUGACACUCCAGCAACCAGGAGCUGUUUCUCCUGUUCUGAAGAACAUGUGUAAAGUCCACCUUGACAUGAAGGAAAUGCUGGAGAGAUUCACUGUGGACGUGACUCUGGAUCCAGACACGGCUCAUCCCAACCUUCUCCUGUCUGAGGAUCGGAAACAUGUGAGACACAGAGACACACGACAGGAUCUACCAGACAAUCCUGAGAGAUUUGAUUGUUGUCACUGUGUUCUGGGUGCUGAGGGGUUCACGGGCGGGAGAUGUUAUUGGGAGGUGGAGGUGGGAGACAUGACUGACUGGAUGCUGGGGGUUUGUAGAGAAUCUGUGAGCAGGAAGGGGUGUGUCAUACUCACAACUGAGAAUGGAUACUGGGCCAUGUGGCUGUGGGAUGGGGAAUACAAGGUCCUCACCUCCCCCCGAACUUCCCUCCCCGUGAGCAUCAGGCCCAGCCGAGAGGGGAUUUUCCUCGACUAUGAGGCGGGUGAGGUCUCAUUUUACAAUGUGACUGACAGGUCCCAUCUCUUCACUUUCACUGGCACCUUCUCCGGGACACUCCACCCUUAUUUCUGUCCUGGUCUCAAUGCUGGGGGUAGAAAUGCUGCUUCCCUAAUAAUCUGCCCGGUCCCAGCUCAGGCCGUAGGGAAUCUCUGUCCCUGA